UGUGCUUCAUAAUAUUCGCGCAUGAACACUAGUAGUAUCAACGUGAAUCGAAAUAGUGAAAUCGAAUAGUAAAAUCAGGAAACAUGAAGAUGCAAUUUUCGGUAAUUGUGUUCGCCAUCGGACUCAUUACUAUACAGCCGGAAUUAGGAAGGGCGUUGAAGUGUUUUGAAUGUAAUCCUGCUCAAAAUGAUUGUAAGCUGUCAGAAAAUGUUGUGCUGAAGGAGUGUCAAAUUAUAACAACUCCAAAACCGGCCAGCUCCAGCACUUCGGUAAGCUCGUCAACAUCUUCGGGAAGCCCGGCAACAGCUUCGUCGACAGGCUCGUCAACAUCUUCGGAAAGCCCGGCAACAGCUUCGUCGAUAGUCUCGUCAACAUCUUCGGAAAGCCCGGCAACAGCUUCGUCGACAGUCUCGUCAUCAUUUUCGUUAAGUCCUCCGGGAAAAGGGGAAAGUGAUGCGUCAAGCGAUCAAUCACCGAGUAAUGAAAAUGUUAAUAGAAAGCGUAGGAGUAUGAUCAACCCUUUGUUACAAGGAUAUCAGGUCGACACAUACGCUGAGGAGAGUCGGUGUUAUAGCAUUAUUAAGACGGUAAAUGGAUCAGAAGUCACGGAACGUGGUUGUACGGAAAGCGCGAAAUUCUGCGAAAAUAAAGAAGGAUGUAAACUCUGUGACACCGAUGAAUGUAACAAUGGAGCGUCAAAUAUUGUUUUUUCAUCUAUGAUUUUGUCCAUGGCAAUAAUCGUACUUUUUACGAAAUAGACUUGUGAAUUUAUGCGUUGUGAAAUGAAUUUUUUCGAGGAUCCGAAAUGCCCUGAAUUAUAACAAAUUCUUUGUUUACCCUUGAAAAAUAACGAUAUUUAAUCGAAAUAUUUAGCUUCACAUACAAGACUUGAUACAUUCGAUGAGAGUUUUACGAAUAACACUUGCAAUUACAGUUAGAAUCCCAAAUUAUUGUAUUUAUGUUUAUCUAAUUGUGAAAUAAAAGAUUGUUCAUUGUUAGAUA